AUGGAGAUGAGGGCAUGCGAAGAGACGGCGAUGUCGCGAGACGUCACGCCGGGGAUAGCUCCCCUCGCCGUCGCCCUCCACGACUCGUUCCUCUCCUCCCACUGCUCCUCCUGCUUCCUCCAGAUUCCUCCGUCACGAUUCGCCGCUGCGGAUUCCGUCGACGCCGGUGACCAUCCCCCGUCCUGCGGCGGCUGCGCCGGUCUCCGCUACUGUUCCGUGGAGUGUCGGAACGACGAUCUUGAUUUGCAUGCGUCCAGCGGCGAGUGCCAUUUCAUCCGCCUCGUCCACUUUGAUCGGCGCGACGAGACGACGGAUCUCCGCGCGGCUCUUCGCCUCCUGUGUUCCGUCAGGAAUUUAGGUUUCCUCCCUCCCCGGGGUGAACCGCGGCGUAUUUCCGGUCUACUGGCUGGUGGCCACGAGCAACUCGAAGAAGGAUGCGAGCUAUGGUUGCGGAUCAGGGAGGGAAGGAUGUUGAUGUCUCGGGCUCGAGAAAUGUUGCGAAACCAGAUUCUGGAAGGGGAAGAUGUGAACGACGGAUGCGACGGGGGUGGUGAGACAGAAGCGGCACUGUGGGUGGUUAUCACGAAUGGUGUAGAGGUGCAGAUCGGUGAGGGGCGCGCUAUCGGGAUCGGGGUCUACGGGCCGCGGUUUUCCUGGUUCAACCACAGCUGCUCCCCCAACGCCUGCUACCGGUUCGAGCUCCAUGGAUCCGAGUGUUUCCGAUGUGAUCGGGGCUCCCUGGUUUAUCCUUCCUCAACAGGGCCUGAAGACGACGCCAUGGUAUCGGCCGGCGCUUGCGAAUGAUGAACACAUUGAUUUGAUUUCCUCGUUCUCCUCACUCCUGUAACACUCUUAUCGAUCGAGUUCUUCCCUGUUUGCGAGAACAAUCAGUGAGAGUCACAGCCCCUAAUAAUACGAUUGCAGAUCACGACCUGGAUGGACGAUGAGAGAAGAUCAAAUCAAGGUAGACCUCUUCCUCGGCCCAUUAAUCUUUGGCAUCUUCACUUAUUUUCUUUAUAUGUAUUAUUUAAGUUCAUACUAGCUUUGUAAUCAGGAUCAUGUAGAUUUGCCCCUAGAGUUUCUGUAAGAAGCAUCAGACCUGUAAAAAAGGGAGAGCAAGUAUGCAUCACGUACACUGACCUGCUUCAGCCCAAGGUUUGUUGCUUCUCGGUUUGGUCCAGAAUUUUUUCAGACAAUGUAUUAGUCUCUCAAUCUAUCUUCCUUUCUAGGCAUCGAGACAGUCUGAUUUAUGGUUGAAGUAUGGAUUCAUCUGUUCCUGCCAGCGAUGCAGCGCUUCUCCUGAAACGUACGUCGAUCAUGUCCUCAGCGUGAGUUCUUCCAAACAUCUCAGAAAUUCCUGAAGUUCUCUGAGAGAUGAUCUCAACUUGAAUUCACUUGACGAGGGUGGAGAUUGACUGGGGUUCCUAUUUUCAGGGAAUUGAAUCCAUCCAAUGUUCUGCAAGUCCGGAUUCAGACCGGAGACAGCAGAAGGGCCAGGAAGCAGAUGAACAAGCUGAUUUACUGGACCAGGUUGUGAUGAAUUACUUGUCGGCCGGAAACCCCAAAAUCUGCUGUGCGGAGAUCGAAGAGAUGCUUUCCGGGGGUUUCGGAGGCGGUAAGUUGCAGCCCCUCCAUCACCUGUCUCUGAAAGCCUACACGGCGCUGGCUUCCAUUUACAGAGUCCGAGGUCGUGGCGAUGGUGGAGGAGAUGCCGUACCAGGAGGCCCUGAGAUGGCAAGGGCAGCUGCCGCCUACGCGCUGUUACUUGCCGGUACUACACAUCACCUUUUUCUAUCUGAUCCAUCUCUAAUGGCGACCGCAGCACAUUUUUGGGUCAACGCCGGGGAAUCCUUUCUCUCUCUAACUCACUGCCCAACGACCGGCUGGAUCAAUCUGCCAGAGUUUGAUACCAUCUUCCUCCCGGGUGAGUCGUCUUUGCCGUGGGACGAGUUCAGAGGGACGUCUUUCAAAUUUGUAGACUGCGUCUCGAGGAUUGCUUCGAAGGUGUGGGCGGAUAUGGUCUCUGGGAUCCGGUGCCUCAGUGAGAUUAAGAGCCCCGUUGACUUCAGAUGGCUCGGAGAGAAGAACAUGCCCCACGAGAGUCUUGGUGCCUGUGGAGCUCCGGAUUCUUACAGUGGAGAGGGAAGGUGCGUGGGGUGCAGAUGCGAAGUAGAUGAUGGCGUUGAAGACGACAGCGGAACUGUUCGUCGGCUUGCAGUCCACUGCCUGGUUUAUGGUGGGUAUCUUGCAACACUCUGUUACGGCCCCCGCUCUCACUGCGUUGACCGCAUACGGAGUCUCCCCACCAGGUAG